AUGGUUGCCACUAUGAUUGACGAGGCAACAGCAAACAAGUUAAAAGUGAUUCCUCUCUCUAACAACACUGUUGGGAGACGCAUACUUGAUAUGUCAAGUGACAUAGCGGAGCAGGUCAACGAUAUGGUGCGUGCAAGCACCCGGUUUGCUCUGCAGGUGGAUGAAGCCACCGACAGCAACAAGGACUGUUUAUUAAUCACAUACGUCCGAUUCAUUGCUGCAGGGGACAUGAAAGAGGACCUGUUGUUCUGCAAAAAACUUAAAACGCGAGCCACUGCUGAUGAACUUUUCAAAGUAAUUGACACUUACUUGCAAGAGGCCAAUCUGAAGUGGGAGGGUUGUGUUGGGUUACGCACUGAUGCGUGCUCGGCGGUCUCCGCCGAAUCGGCGGUCGAUCGGCGGAUGAUUCGGCGGCGCCGAAUCAUCAUGGCUGGCAACUGCAAUUCCAUCGUUUCCCUGAGGGAAUUACCGUUCAGUCGUCGAAGCAAUGCGGAUAAAUUGGCUGUUAAAGAAUUGGGACCACCCAGACCAAAUUUAAACAUCAAGCAGGUGUCAACAAAAGCGGGGAAAACAUACAGCCGCGGAUUUUCCCGGAGCUGGUACGAGCGGAAAACAUGGCUAGCAGGUUGUGAAGUGGCUAACGCUCUGUUUUGCUACCCCUGUGUGCUAAUCCACCCGGAUGCCAACACUGACACCGCCUGGACAAAGACGGGUGUCACUGAUAUGCACCACCUCUCAGAAAAGGUGAAGAAACACGAAGCAUCGAAGAUGCAUAUGGACAGCUGCCUAAAACUGUCGGCAUUUGGGAGAGUGAACAUUGCCACACAGCUGGAUGAGAGCUACAGGAUAGCCGUGCGCCGUCACAACGAUGAGGUGAGCAAGAACCGGCACAUCCUAGGCCGCCUUAUCGACUGUGUGAAAUUCUGUGGCGUGUUUGAGUUAGCUCUGAGAGGCAAGGAUGAGAGUGAGGGGUCCAGCAACGCGGGGAUUUUUCGUGGACUGGUUGAUUUAGUGGCGUCGCUGGACGAGGUGUUUGAGGAGCACUUAAGAACGGCCACAGUCUUUAAGGGCACAUCAAAGACGGUGCAGAAUGAGCUGCUGGAUUGCAUGGCAUCUGUCAUCAGAGAGCGUAUCGUGGAGGAGGUGAGAGCAGCAAGAUUCGUGGCAAUCCAAGCAGAUGAGACCACAGACGUCUCUACACAGACUCAGUUGGUGCUGGUGCUGAGAUAUGUAGAUGGAAAACACGCUGUGCAAGAACGGUUCUUUGAAUUUGUCCCCAUCUUGUCAGCAACGGCCAGCUCCAUUGCCGAUGCAAUUUUGGAGAGACUGAAUAGCGUUUUCACUGAUGAUGAUAAGUGUAAACUCAUUGCGCAAGCCUACGACGGUGCCAGUGUGAUGAGAGGAGAGAGAGCUGGUGUGCAGCAAAAGGUACGAGAAGAGUACAAAAAUGCCCAUUAUUUGCAUUGCUACACACACCAGCUGAAUUUGAUCAUGCAGCAGGCCACUUCACACAUCUCAGCAGUGAGAGUUUUUUUCUCUGACCUUGGUGGGAUUUCCAGUUUUUUUACCCGGUCACCCAAACGCACAGCCCUUCUCGACCAGAUUGUUGCACGAAGGCUGCCUAGAGCAUCAUCCACAAGAUGGAACUUCAACAGCAGGAUCGUGAGCACUGUCUAUGAGAACCUGGGCGACCUCAUAGAGUGUUUUGAGACCAUCAGGUCAGACAGCACCUUUGACAGCACCACCGUGAGGGAGGCGUCUGGCUUCCUGAGGAUGCUGCAGGAUGAAGAUUUUGUUUUUUUCCUGCAGCAGUUUCAUCAAAUCAUGCCUCAUGUUGACAUGAUGUACCAACAGCUGCAGAAGAGGGACAUUGACAUGGUGUUCAUCAAACGUGCCCUGCAGAACUUCACCAGCAGUAUUCAGGCCAUCAGGGACCAAAGCUCCUCUCAACAGCAGCAGCAAGAAGCCCCAGGUACCACAAGAUCAAGGAGAGCCUUGGGAGAACAAGAGAAGCAGAGGCUGUCAAAAGAGAUCUGUGACACAAUCCUUGGCCAUGCCAAAGCCAGGUUCUCCUUCACCAGCCACCUUGUGAGUGCCGUGCUGCUAGAGGCAGAGCUGUUUGACCGGCAUCGGACAACAUUCCCUGAAGAGGCUCUGAAUACCACCGUGAGGGCAUACCCCAUGCUACACAAGGAGAGGCUCAGGACUGAGCUUUCUCUCAUCUACGAAAGUCCAGACUUCAGGGGCUGCUGCGGUGCACUGGCUCUGUACCAGGUUCUACAGAGCUACAACCUCCAGGAAACCUUCUCUGAGACUGUGGCGCUGUUGAACAUCCUCAUAACCACUCCGAUGACAACAGCUGAAGCUGAGAGGUGUUUCUCCACCUUAAAGAGGAUCAAGACAUUCCUGAGAAAUACAAUGGGACAGGAACGUCUGAAUGCAUUGGGCAUGCUUUCCAUGGAAAGAGAGCUGGUCAGGAACAUGCCUGAUUUCAACGAGAGGGUGAUUGAUCGCUUUGCUUGCUUGAAAGAGAGGCGAGCUAAAUUUCAAUACAAGUGAUGAGUGAGUGUGUUCUUAAAUGGUGAGUUGUGUUAUGUUGUACUCUCCAAAUGUUGAAUUGUAAAUAGUUGUAUUGAUUGCAUAUUGCCAGCCAAAUACAGUUAUGUUCAUAAUAAUAGCAGUGUGUUUAAAAAGGUGACCGCUUCAUUACAUGUAUUUUUUUUAACAAUGGGACUUUGCGGGGGCUUCUUGGUGGUAGCUUGGCUUCACAUAGACGUUGUCUGAUUGUUACAGUACUCACAGGCAAUCUUAGAUCUUCUCUGAUCCUCCUGGAGCUGAUCAUUGGCUGAUCCUUUGCCAUUUUGGUUAUUCUCCGAUCCCUUCGAAUAGUUGUUUUUCUUUUUCUUCCUCACCUGGUGGUGAUGGUUUUGGCUGCCAUUUUAAAGCGUUUGAUAUCAUUUUAGCUGAACAGCCUAUCAUUUUCUGCACUUCUUUAUAGGUUUUCCCCUCUUUUAUUAAUUUCUUAAUCAAAGAAUGCUCUUCUUCUUAACAGUGUCUUAAACAACCCGUUUUACUCAAGGACAAAUGCACAGCCAGCAUAUGCAGCAUCAGUUGCCUUGAUCCUUGAAUAGGGGCCAUCUGUUUAACACCUAUUUUUUUUCACAUAAUCAAUGACCUCAAUAGUUGAACCUGGCACUGCUAUUUUUUUGAACACGCCCCUUUCAGUAAAUGAUUCAGUUUCACAGAAUCAGCAGCAUGCACGUCAUGCCUGUUGGGUCUGUUGGUUUUCUAUACCUUUACUAAACCUGUAAACUGUAUAGUGGUAAAUGGAAUAUGUUCUGGAAAAUUUUGAUUAAUUACAGUUUUGAUUAUAGUAUAAUUUGAUUUGAUUAUUGCUAUGGCAUCCAUGAUGGCUAUAAAUUGUAGACUGUGCUAAAAGUGAUUUCAAGGGCAAACUAUUAGAUGACAAACUAUCUGUUAAUGUGUGUUUUAUUGUGGAACCAAAUGUAUUGUAUAUUUUAUGUCUGGGGUUGCAUCUAGUGGUUGAAAACCAAAUUAAACAAUGAGAUGUGACACUGUAAAGCUGGCUAUCUGACUUUUAUUUAUUAUUAUUUUACCCAUUGAAUGGGUCAUCUUAGCCAUCAUCACAACUUUUGCCCCCCCUGAGAAAUUUGUCAGGAGCCGCCACUGGUUGGGGUGUGUACAGAUGGGGCUCAGGCAAUGGCUGGGAAGCACAACGGGCUCCAAGCGCUCAUAAAGCGUGUGUCGCCCAACGUUCAUUGGACUCACUGUAUGAUCCAUCGAGAAGCGUUGGCUUCUAAACAGCUGAGUCCCGAAUUGAACGAGGUGAUGACGGACGUCAUUGCCACAGUGAACUACAUCAAAACGCGCCCUGUUAAGGCCCGACUUUUCUCUGCGCUAUGCGAGGAAAUGGGAUCCAAUCACACAGCUGUUUUGUUUCACAGUGAAGCGCAAUGGUUGUCACGUGGGAAGGUUCUGUCCAGGGUAUUUGAGCUGCGGGAGGAAAUUCGGAUUUUUUUGGAGGA